AUGUCUCAGGCCCGGGUCACGGACUUCUUCUCACAGAGAAAGAGCGGCACCGCUUGCCCGGUGAAAGCAGCCAAGCCGCGCAGCCGCGGCUCCUGUGCUCUCAACACCGGCGUAACCAGCAAACACAAGAGGUCUGUGAAAAACAAAGAAGCUGUACUCUGUUCGUCCUCUGUCCACGAAGAGUUUGUCCGACUUAUCGAGGAGGCAGCGGGGUCGAACGAUGAGGAGUCUGCCGGCUGCACCGCCGCGACGCGAACCCCCUCCAGUCCCCGGACACCGAAGCGGACCUCGGCCGACGCCGAGUUUGACCUCGGGGCUGCGGUGUUUUCUGCAACCGCCGAUCAUAGCACGGCCAAGAAGAAACGACAAGAGGAGUCCGCCCGAGAGUUUGCAGCCCCGGAGAAAACCAAGAGGAGGACGGCCAGGAAGAAGCUGGUUCUGCCUCCGGACUCACCACAGACGGCAGCUCAGCCCCCGACCAGUGAGGUGACCCCACCGCCCUCGUCUCUAGCAGCCCCUGUGUCGGGACACAGUGCUGAGAACCACACAGUCAGCAGUGGGACAACUGGGGAACAGACCAGCAAGGCUCUGUGUAAAGAAGACAUUGCUGCCCUCAAGUCUCGCAUUCAGAAGAUCAAGAAACAUGCAGAGAAAAUAACCAGAACGGCUUCAGUUUCCUCUUCCUCUGGUCAGGAGCCCAGCUGUACGCAACCUACUGACCCCAAAACCUCCACGCCACCAAUCUCUGAUGCAAAGGCUAUCAAGCUCAAUGUAACACGAGUCAAACAGCUUGCAGCUAAAGCUAAGAGAAGAAAGGGGGAGAGAGAGGCAGAGGAGAGCAAGCAGAGGGAGACAGUUACCCAGGACAGAGCUGAGCAGCCAGCAUUCCAGCGGUACCACACCCUUGCCGAGGCAGCCCCCCCAGGCCUCACCCUGCCAUACCAAUACAAGGUGCUCGCUGAGAUGUUCAGGAGUAUGGACACCGUGGUUGCCAUGCUACACAACCGCUGUGAGACGGCAACCUUUGCCAAGGUCAAACAAGGAGUUCAGGAUAUGAUGCACAAGAGGUUUGAGGAGAGCCACGUUGGUCAGAUAAAGAUGGUGGUUCCUGAAUUCUACACAUUCAGACAAGAGAAGAACAUCCCAACCUUCAACAGCAGUAUUAAGAAGAGCAGCUACCAGCUCACUGUGGAGCCUGUCGUUCUCUCUGAUCAAAAUAAAGCGCGUCCUGUCCUGUCAGCCUCUUGUCUUCUGGAGAGAAGACGCACUUUCCACUGGAAUCUGGUGGACAUUGUCAAACAGCACCACAAGGAGUUCCUGUCUUCGAUGGUACCUCCAGUGUCCGUCCCAGAAGACAAACUGACCCGGUGGCACCCCCGCUUUAAUGUGGACACUGUCCCAGCCAUCCAAACGAGCUCUCUGCCUCAGCCUCCUCAUACCGAGAAACUAGCCACAGCUCAGGAGGUGCUGGACAAGGCCCGCUCACUCAUCACACCCAAGAUGGAGAUGGCUCUGGUCUCUCUCUCUCUAAAGACCGAAGAUAAAGCUGCAGAGAGUAAAGAGCCUGCUCCUUCACAAAACCCAGGAGCCCCCCAGACUCAAGCUCCAUCUGCAGCUCAGGUCCCAACUGCCCUGAAAGGAGUGUCUCAGUCCCUGCUGGACAGGAUUCGAGCAAAGGAGUCCCAGAAACUCCAAGCGACCAUGACCCGAAACCCUUCUCAGGAGGAGCGUCUGGUGAUGAUUUCACGGCUAAGGGAGCUGGCAAGGAUUCUGCGGACGGUUUUCGUUGCAGAGAAGAAACCAGCUUUAAUAAUGGAAGUGGCCUGUAACAGGAUGGUGGCCAGCUACAGGUCAGCUCUCAGCACAGGUGAAAUGGAGAAGCAUAUUCGUCUGCUGGCAGAAGUUGCUGCUGAUUGGCUGACUAUCCAUCCAAUCAGGAAGGACUUCUACCUGAAGUUAAACAAGAACAUGGAGAUCAGCGUGGUUCUGGACCAACUGAGCAGGAGACUGCGUGAGGAGGAGAGACUCUGA